AUGUCGGGUCAGGGAGACCAGCUGGACAAAAUGUCCACUUUGCUGGCAGAAGUGGCUGCUCAGCUAGAACAAGUGAAGCUGCAAGGAGCACGGUGUGAAGAGCAGCAUCAAGACCUUACUGAACGCAUGAGUCAGUUGGAAGCCCGCAUGGAUGCCCCACAGUCUUCGGCUGCUGUGCUAAUUCCGACUCAGCUGCAGCCACAGUCCUUCACAGUUCCGCUAGCCCAGGGGGUAGACCUCAACGCCCCGGCAACAGUCGGGCAGUGCAUGGAGUUAGUGCAGAUGGCGAUGCAGCAGAAGGUCGCCCCAGCUCUCGGAGCAGUAUACUCGUCCCUGUCCACCUCACAGGUGAGGACGAACGAGCGAGUGGGCAACUUGGAGCAGCAGGUCCGGGCCCUUCGCAUCCGCACCGCAUGGGCUGAGAAGGACAUGCUCUUUUCACAGAUCGAGCAGGCCAAGCGCACCAUCGUAUGCCGAAAUUUCCCUACCUGGCAGACGGAGGCGGACCGCCGCCUCACAGUGGAAAAGGCCCUUGCGAAAGCUGGGCUGUGGAAUAUCGAUGGCAUGUGGGACCUGGCCACAACUCGGCUGGAUACGGGCACGCCCGGUAAGCCGGAGCUCUCUGCCACGUCCAUCCUCACAGUCCCUUCCCUCACGGUCCGGAAGAGGAUCCUGGAGGUAUCGGACAGGGUGUACCCUUGGUACUUCCACCAGGAAAAGCCUGGGACAGGGGAAGAACCCAAGGAGCCCGAAGAUGCACAGGACGGCUCCGAAGGAACGGCCGAGAAGACCCCGGCGGAAUCCUCACAGGCAGCCGGGUCAAAAGAGCCAGCCAAGACCUAUGAGUACAAGGGCGGCGGUCCUGUAAAGCUCUCCCCUGGAGUCACACAGUUUGAACGCAGGCUUGCUUCGCCGCUCCAGGGACUCAUGAACGCUUACAGGGCGGCCUUCAGCAAGUUCACCAAAGAGCCACUGGUUCCGAGGUGGAAGACGCUGGCCCUGGUUGACUCCAAAGAGGCUUGGCUGGGCCGUAUCGUGUACCGCCGCGGGGGUCCUUCACAGACGACCUCCACAGGUACCCUCACAGACUGGGAGUGCGAGAUCCACAUCCCAGAGGAGCAUGCCACAAAGCUCUUGGAGACCUGGCGAAGCAUCUGGUAUGACCAAUUGCGACAGCAGGUCAACCAGACAACGUUCCUGACCAAGGCCAUUCCGGAGUACAACGAGGGCGAGGAUGAAGGUCUCGACCACUGGAUCGCCCGGCCUUCGGUCCACCGAGUCGACGUGGCCUCCCAAAUGAAGCGCACUCACAGCGAUGCAGUCUCAGCGGUCAGUGGCAUCAGCCCGAGCACCGCGAUGCCUCCUCCACAGCCGACCAAGGCCAGGCCGAGUUACUACCCGUUCAGCUCACAGGCCGAGCUGGAGACAGCGGUUGAGGAGGCAAAGAUCGCCCACAUCAACCACGGUGGGGUCCCAACCGACUACCCACAGGAGGCCUGGGAGUCCUGGUGCAUCAAGCGUUGCUCUGAGAGUUGUUCUAGUGUGCCUUUCGGCGACGAAGUCACAAACAGCACGGCAGCGGCGAGCACGCCGCCGCAUCACCACCAGAUCUCGCAGCAGGAGCCUGCCCCACCCGAGGCCGAAGCGGAGGAUGCCUCCCCCCAGCCUUCACAGUCGAACACCGACCAGCAGAGGCUGGACCAGCAAUGGCAAUCGAUCAAGGACAAGCACUUUGUGCUGACCUGGGGCGGUGGAGUCUCGCCUGUGGUUGAAUCCAAGGUCUGGAAUCCAGCGAACGGGACACCGUGGAGGACUCACCGUUCAAGCAGAGGAACCCGAAGGGGCCCGUCGCUUUUGUCUUCGGCGGGAAUUCCAGGGGCCAACUGA